CGUCACGAACACGUGGCUUCCUGACUGCAGUUGUUGUUUUCUGAGCGAAAUGGCUGCCGUCGCUGUGGUGGAAGCAUUCUCCGGUACAGAUCCUGUUGCAGAAGGACUUCUCGAGCUCAUCAAACCUGCAAUCCAUCAGCUCGAUUUACACGUCCACUCAGUCAGAGAAAGCCAGGUGGAAUUAAGAGAACAUAUAGACAACUUGGCGACUGAGUUAUUCAGAAUAAAUGAACACCAGAAGAUUGCACUAGACCUGGAUCCUUAUGUAAAGAAGCUACUUAAUGCGAGGCGUAGAGUGGUGCUUGUGAACAAUAUCCUACAGAACGCUCAGGAACGCCUGAGAAGGUUAAAUCACAAUGUGGCCAAGGAGACGGCACGAAGGAAGACCAUGCUUGAAGCAUCAGGAGUGUUCACCCCUCGCUCACCUAGUAAACCAUGAGCCCUGUUCCCCACUGUGACGCAUGACUUGUCCCACUAAGGCAUGAAGGACCAAUACUAGAAGUUAAAAUACUCAGUGGGCCCAUCUCUCUAGAAUAUUUAGAUGUGUUUGCUGAAGAACUUGAUGUUGUCUUGCAUUGCUUUAUGUCUUUAAAUUAAAAAUGUGUGUUUAAAAUGAGCACAAAAGAACAUCUGUAACAAUUACUUAAAACCCCUUAUGUUUCUCAUUCUAGUAAUUUUCAAAAAUUGUUUUCAACUAAAGUGUCAAUAUUGUUUCCAUUAAAAGGCAUGCACGAUGGUAAUGUUAAUUGUUUUGGAUAGCUCUAAACUUUAGAUUCGGACCUAGACUUUCUGGAUUUGAAUGGCAGUAUUGAGUUUAACUAUGGCCACAUACAAAUGAGGGUUUCAUGGGGACUCUACUUUCUUUGUUGAUUAACAACUUUAGGGACGUCCAACUUAGUACUUUAUUAAAAAGUGCAUACUGCAUGAGUGGAAACGAACAGUAGUUAUGUUAAGCUGGUUGUGUUGCUAAGAGUUGCUGUUUGUGUGUGCUGUUUAUUUUAAGCUGAAAUCACUUAUCAUUCCUGGGUAUUCCAAAGAAUAGUUUGUUAACCAAAUAAUGUCUUGUCAAAAUAAUAAAUUAUUCAGAAAUGUGAUUGCUCCAUGUUUGCUAGUUGAAAGUAAAAUGGAAGGCAGAUCUUAUAGUUGUCAGACUGUCCUCCUGCGGAACCAUGAUCCAAUUUUUGUCUGUGAAGUAGACAAACACUCUCUACUUUUAAGACUAAGCAUAAAACCUUUUGUUUUACAAAAGAAUACUGUUAGAGUAUCUUAUGUUAUCCUGAGGUACUUCUAUAGGUAUUAGGCUUGUACUGCUAUACUGUUGAGCACUUUUCCUUGUCCUGCUACUUUUCGUGCUACACAGUAAAAGAUUGCUGUUUAGGUAAUAACUUGAUGCAAAAAACUUGAUUUCUUCAGUCAGUUACUUGAUGCAAUCAAUUGGGGCUAUUUGAAUAGAAAAAUUUUCACAAAUUAGAUUAUAAACUGAACUUAACUCCCCAUUGUUUUAUAAAUAGGAUCAAUGUGGAAAGUCUGUUACUGACAGUGAUUGGAUUAAGUUUAUCUCUGUUCACAAACAGGAUUUUGUUUUGGUGAACUACCCUGACAUCUGUUGUGAUUUGGCACGUUUAAUUUAU